AUGGUUUGGCCGUUCAAUUCAUCUAAAUCCACACUACCUUCAUCUCCGAGCGUAUCUUUAUCCGAAUCUAAUUUGGUCUCACCUCCUGAUACUGAAGUGUUGGAUUCGUCAACUUCUGGCUUUGGCACCUUAUUAGGUUCUGAUGGGGAAAAUGUGAACAUGUCCAGUUUAGACAAGUCUCCAAUAUUUGCUUUAGAUCAGUUGAAGCAUGCAGGUGUACCAUUUGAAAAACAGUUAUCCCCAUAUUUGCAAAUGGAUCCAAGCGUGUUUCGGGAAUCGACACCUCAGUACAUCGUUCCUGGCGAAACAAAAGGAGAAUUGGAAUUUGCGAUGGGUCGAAUUGGAUGGGCAGUUUUGGCUGGUUAUGGCCUGGGAUGCUUGCGUGGUCUUUUACCUGAAUUACGAAAUCCUGUCACACGGCAGUUGCCUUUUAAACCUUUUAUGACUCGUUUGAUGAAUUCUUCGGUCAAGCAUGGUAGUGGUUUUGCUCAUCCUGCUGGUUCUAUUGUUUUUAUGUUCUCAGUGGCGAAUAUGAUUUUUGGAAAAUUACGUGCUAGAGAUGACCUCAAUGCGAUUGCUGCCGGUGCUGUUACUGGUGGAUUAUUUCGAUGUGCACAUGGAUCACGUGCUUCUUUGGCAGGCUCAGGAAUUGGUGCAGCUGUAGCCUUACUCUGGUUGCUUAGCGAUCGAGAUAGUCGGGAUAGAUUAUGGGAAAUGCGAAGGCAUCUCAUGAACAAACAGGAAUACAGCUAUUGA